AUGGCCGCCAUUGCCAGGGACUCAAGCAAGAUUCUCGGCCGCGUCAUUGGCGAUUGCGCGAUUGAGCCUCCGGGGCUGUACAUGCCCCCGCAAGCCAAGCCGCUUCCGCAGAUUCCGCCUCCCCGUCGGCACGAGCCCGCCACCGGCGCCGUUCGCGCGGCGGACCUCGUCGUCGCCCCGGUCAUCGUCUUCCGACACGGCUCGGGUUACGAUGCUCGAGGUCGCAGACGGCAGUUUUGGGGGGGGGGGUGCAUUGCGGAGUACUUGUCCCCGAACCCGUCGCCGGGGAGCGCGCCGCACCGGUACGGGUUUUACCUGUAUGAGCAGCCGCCCGGGUUCGACGCGACGCGGUGGAUGGCGCCGGCGCCGGGAAGGCAGGGCGAGAUGGGAAACUGGAAGAGGAUACGGUACGGACUGGAUGGGUGGGCGAGCAAGGCUGGUCUGGGGGUGAUUGUGGCGGCAAAUUACUUUACGAGCAACUGA